AGAAGAAUAACCGUAACUAAUGGGCAAGGGAGUAGCCAUUUCUGACCUUAAGCACAACCGAGUCAUGUAGGAAUACAAGUAACCAGAUUUAUUUUCUGAUUCCUUAAAAAAAACAAAAAACAAAAUGAAGGUUUUGGUGUGGCCUAGUCAAAGUCCUGGCUUAAAUCUGAUAGAAAUGUAGUGGAAUGACCUGAAGAAUCCAACCUGAUUCUAGUGUGGCUGGAUUCUGUAAAGAAGAGUGGUGAAAAUUCCUCCAUGGUGAUGAAAAAGAUUAUUAAUAAUAAAUAAAUAAAUAAAUAAUAAACAACCCUUAUUUAACCAGAUUUGUCUAAUUGAGAUCAAAAUAUCUAUUUUACAAGAGAGACCUGACCAAGACUGACGGCAUACAGAGAAAAAGAUCCAUUAAUAAUUGGUUUGAUAACAUUUGUUGCUGCCAAGUGUGCAGUUACUAAAUUUGGGGCAUAUUUACUUCUUCAUUAAUGGUAAGAGUUAUCUGGAAAGAUUUCUUUUCCUUUAAUAAAUGAAAUCAAAAUUAGAAAACUGCUCUUUGUGUUUAUUCAGAUUAUCUUUGUGCGAUUAAAACCCGUAAAAUACUCUUUCACGGAWSUGCGCAAAAGAACAUUUUUAAAAAUACACAACAACUUGUUUGACAGAGAGAAUUUCCUGCUUUCUGAUAUAAAAUGCUCGGCUUUCAUGGUUCUGUUCCCCUUCUAGUUAUAAUCUAGACCAAAGGUUUGCCUCAAACCAUGAAUUAAAAAAAAUCUCAACAACAGCAGCAUUUUCGCCAGCUGAUUUCCCUCCUGCCAUGGCCGAGUUUGCAGCAGAGAGAGGAGGAAGGUAUGGGGCGGAUCCAGUUUCUCAUUGACUAUUCCCGUGGUGAAUCGAGCCCUGCUGCACUGAGUGAUUGCUGUUCCCUGUGGCAUCAAUAAUAUAGGAGGAAGUUAUUGUCCCUGCGCAGGCCGCAGUAUCACAGAGCUGAAGCAGGCGGAGGGAGGGGGGGGUCCUUUCAGCCGGCCCUCUUGGGUUUCAGAGCCCGCAGACAGUGCUUUGACUGCUCUUGUGCCCCUGCACAAGGCCCGAUUGUACGUUUGUCCGACUGAGGUAUAGAAGUGACUAGAACAGUGACAGGCUGCACAGUCCCGCUGACCCGGCCCCUUCGGUAAGACUACACCCCCAACAAACCCAGUAUCACCAGAUGAGUCCCAGCUCAAUGGGGCAUCAGUCAGCGGGAGACACUGGACGGUUCGAGAACAGGAUAGAUACCCUGGGUGUGAUUAAUAUGAUCCAGAUUUUCACCUUGUUUACACACAUAGCUGAGAGCUGUGACCUUCCUGUGACAUCAUCAUACAUCAGAAUACUGAGAGCUGAAAUACAGUGGUUAUGUGUGCAAAGCCUUUGCCUGCAAAAUGUUUGUUAGAAUCGACACAAAACAGUGGAACACAUCCCACAUUUGAAGCUUAAAAUAAACCUAAACCUUAGGAGCUAAGCAAGUCAUGCAUCUCAUACAUCUAAAACAGCAGAGUAGUCAUGGUCACUGGUGGGAGGGGUGCCAGAAAGAGAGUGAAAGGUAGAGAAAGUCACAGCGGUAGUGAAAUAGAGACCCACUCAGAAGGAGGGCAGCGCACCGUGUAAUGGAUACAAAAAGUUUAAAAAGAUGCUGGAAGACACUUGAAGAAAAAAAUGGAUUAUAACCACUGGUAAGUCAAAAAUCUUUCCUUAUUUGCUUACUUUCUUUACAUAUUAAUAGAAAAUAAUUGCAUGUGUUUGAAAUUAAUUUAGCUUUUAUGCUAAACACAUGAAUAAACUUUAGGCAUUCAAAGUUUUCGACUCCAAUAGACUGUAGUUUGUCUGGUUUAAUCGCACUAUGGAGACCUGGAUGCCUGCAGUGUAAGUCGUAAGGUGCAAUGCAAGCCAGUCAUUACGCUUUAAUAACUUCUGACUGCUAAAAUGUUUAUUCCUACUGCUUCAUAUUUAAAAGAUAAAACUCAAUGAAAGUCAAACAGAGUUUUUGUAAAAUCCACAGGGAAGAAAACCCUUAAAAGAAAAAUGUGACACCGGUUCUGUGCUGCACGUGCUGGCAUGAGAUGACGAUGGUGAAGAAAGGGUCAGGAAUGGCCGCUUUUAAAUUCACAACCAUCGUAGUUUGUGCUGUUGUGGUUGGACAGGUGAUCCCUGAGAGGACAGGAGGUGAAAAGGUGGACCACAGAGAUGCUCUCCUGAAGGAGAUUGUCUCAAAAUGGAGUAAAGAAGCAGGUUUGAGACCCCCACCUGAAACAAACAAGGACCAGUCUUUGCCCUCUUGGGUGAGAAACAUUAUGGGGGGUUUAAAAACUCUCUUUCCCAGUAAGAACCUGCCUUCAUUAAACAAGCCAAUAGACAGACACCGCCUCUCUGGAUUCCUGUACAACAUUUCUCUGUAUCUACAAGAGAUGGGCGCUGAGCUGGAGGACGAACCCGCAGAGCAAGACGAGGACCAGCUAUGGGAGAAGGUGCUGCAUUUCUUUCUCCAGUCUGAAGGCAACGCAGCCCUGAACCAGUGGAACGGCCGUGUACCGCCCAGACCCAGCGUCAAAGUGCAGGACUGGUUUUUGUCCCUGAGAGGAAGUCCGCACUGGGACUGGCUGCUGGGGCUCCUGCAGAGUCUCAUCACUCUGUCCGAGCGUCAGCCCCACAGACCAAUCUUGGCGUUCUUAUCUCAGAACUGGAGGACGGUGAGCGCUGUGCUGGAGGCGACACUGCAGGCUGUAAUCAGCGGGACUUACGGCCAGGCCAGCGCAGGCCUUCAGGGCUUCAUCUGCGCUCUGAAGGGUCGUAGCGAUUGCGCCUUCAGUGUUAGCUGGCUUCAGCAGCUGCUGCAGUUCCUGGAAACACGCAACUGGAAGCCGGUGGUCAGUUUACACCCAGCAGGGGAACCUGCAGGAUACGGCAAGGGCCCCGGCGCAUUUGGACGCUUUAAACCCUUCAGUUUGCCCCCUGAGGCCAUGUUGAGGCAGGACGGGUUUUCAGCAAAUGCAUCUACUGAAGACAUGAUGAGCACAGAGGACGAGUUGGACUCGGUGCAGAGCUUCCUGCUGCAGGCUUUGUCUCGUUCAGGCGGCGGGGAUCGAGGCGGGCAGCAGGCUCAGAAAAACCUCGCUCUUGUGCAGAGUUUGGACGGACUGAGGCGAGGCCUUCUGCACAGGGUGGGCAGCUCUGUCUACGGCAGCCUGAGGGAGAAAGUGUCACGAGUUACCAUGGCGAUACUCGAUGAUGUGAGCAGCGUGGUGGAAGUGCCGCAGCCCAACUUUCAGGGCCGCUGCUCUGUGGGCAACUUAAGGCAGCUGAUCCUAUGGGGGAUACGACAUAACGUGAUGUGGAACGCUCAGGCUUUGGGCGCCAGCUCUCAGGGUCUCCCAAGCUCACUCCCGUUUCUGUCCUGCCCCUCCACCCAGGAAGAGAAAUUACAGUCACCUCCACUGCCAGCUCAGUCAUCUUCAAAAAAGACUCCAUCUUCACAGAAACCCUUCAGACAGACACAAAGUCGUGAACCGUCAGCUGCAGGUCCCAGACAGUUCACAGAGAGUAACAGGAAGCAGAGACAGAUGGAGUUCUUCACCUCCACAGAAAUUCUGGAGGCAGCGUGUAAUGACUCCAUCCCAGGCUUGACGGGUGUCUCCAACUUCACCGUCUUCCUCUACUGCAAACUGUUUGAAGGCGAGAAUGGGUCGGGUAAUCCUGCUGCGACUCAUUUAGGGCUCGAUCUGCACGCCACUUGCUCGGAUGCAGCCUGGUACCUGUCUGCUGCUGAGGAGGACUUCUUUUGGGUCCAUGUCUGCACUGAGUUCUUUGCCCAUGAAUUCAAUAACACGGUGUGUGCCAACUCUUCUUUCUGGCUGCAGAAAGCACAGCAGGCUGCAGCACUACAGGACUAUCAUUUCUUUAACCAGACAAGCAUCGAUGACCUUUGUGUGCAGCUGUCAAGAGAUGCAGCUGUGAUUCCAGAACUCAGUGAAGACUGUCUGGCUCAGCUGGGCAGCAGGUCGCUCAAUGCCGAAGCUUUCAGAAACUGCUUCCUUCCUAAUAACUCGGUACUGAUCUCAGCUCUGUGUGGCAGAGACUCCCCUGGUUCCCAGCAGUCCCUGCCAGAAGGCAGCUGGGCUGCAGCAUACUGCUCCAAGAUUGACAACCUCACCUUUGACGACACGUUCAGGGAGCCCUGUCAGUACAGGGAGUGGACUGUGGAAAAGUUCACCAACUUCACCCUGCUGGAGUUGUGUGGACAGACUCAGGGACUGAGAGAGCACAUGUGUUUAAAUGCUACGCUCUACAAGCAGCUGGUAGGACUGAUACCACAGUUUGCAGAUGUCUGUUCAGAUCUGCAGGCUCAGCAGGAAAGCAAUAAGUGCCUCCUGCAAAGGAUUUUUGACAUGCUCCCAGCACGAUAUGAGUUUGACACCUCCCAGCUGUGCGUGGAGACGACCCCGAUGCUGAUCGACCUCAUACACAAGCUGAGUGUGUGUGAGAUGGACGUUGGCAAGCGAGAGGGGUUUCUGGUGAUGCUGGGCUACGUGCUACGUGUCUUGGACUUUGUGGUGGGUCUGUCCUCGGGGCUGGACGAAGGGGAACGAGAGGCGAGGCAGGGUCUGGGCCAGGCCAUCCUCCUGUCCAGUCUCCUUGACAACACUUCCUGGGCCAGCUUGCGACCUGAGGCCUCCAUGAGCGUCCUUCACACCGUGGGGGUCUUCCUGCGCAGAGAGCAGAACGCCACCAUGAAGGAGGACCUGCUGAGCUGCUUCAGUCCCGUCCUCUGGGACCUCAUCCAGGAAAAUGGAAACUCGUCCGCUCUCAGGGUUCUGUUGCAGGAGUAUCUCCAGAUGCCAAAAGACAGCAUUCGUUCUCUGGUGAUGUCUGCAGAGAAAGAGGCUGUGAAGAGAUUUAUCUCACACAUGCAUCAAAGUUGGGACCAGCUUCAAGUUGAAACCAGCCAGGCCUCUCAACAAGAGUUGCAGGCCAUGGAAACAAUGACAGCGGCUUUCAUCCACAAGUUCCCCAGAGUGACCCCAGAGCUCUUUGUUGACCUUUCUCAGUUCAUCCCCUUCAUGUCUGUUUCUGACAUAAUGAACUUCCCAGCCUCCUUGAUCGUGAACGACAGCGUGCUGACAGCCAUUCGUGACCACAGUUCAGAGAUGAAGUCGCUGCAGAAGAAGGCUUUUGUGAAGCGACUGCUGCAGUYGAACAUGGUGGGCGACGUGCCCACAUGGCCCCCGUACUUCCUCAGCUCCAUCCUCCCACUUCUGCCUUACCUACCUGUCCAUCAUUUUCAGCAGCUGACAUCUCAACAGCUGUCUCCUCUGGUGGAGUUGAUAGGCAACAGCAGUCUGGAUGGCGUGCGGGGCCGCCAUGUGCUACGGACAAUUUUUAGCAGGAGAAAGAACCUAACUGGUGAUGACCUGCUGAGAUUAGGAGUUCUCGCGUGCUACUUGGAUCCUGCAGAACUGGGUUUAUAUCUUCUGGACCCAGCUGUAUCCUCUGCUCUCUGGCAGCAGCUGUCUCAGUGCAUUUCCAAGGGGCUCAUCAGUUCCAGCAGCAGGCUGUCAUCCUGGUUGAUCCCAGCAGUAUCAAGCAGGCUGAACAUCAGCAGCAUGACUUCUUCAGAGCUGUCUGCACUCAGCGGCUUGCUGCCCCAGUUAGGAGCCUCCUUCCUGCUGUCACUCACCUCACAACGACUGCUGGAAAUCCUGUCAGAGCCUGGUUUUCACACAUUUUCACCAGCGCAGGCGUUUCAGAUUUUAUCCAAGAUCAUAAAAGACGGCAAUCUUUCUGUGGAAAACCUGUGCAGCCUGAAGCCGUUACUCUCCGGCCUCUUCCCCGCUGCGCUCCGAGACCUCCGGUGGACUGAUUUCAGUGAGGAUGCCCACUGUCCGUGCUGGAGAAGGCUGGAAACUGAGCUCAAGCCUGGACACAGAGCCAUGUUAUUCAAUGCAAUGCAGGAGACGCUCCACAAAGACUCGAGGAACUUCUCUCAGCAGGCAAACUGUCUGCUUCCCUUUGUCCCUCUGAGAAAGCUGAUACCAGCUAUGAACGGCGGCACCAUUUGGAGAGGCAUUAGCGCAUACAGAGAUGUACAGUGGUCUCCACAGCAGGCUCAAUUUCUGUUCAGACAGAUCCAACAAUUCAAAAAUAUCACCAUCAAGACGGUGAAAGAUUUGGGUCGUGUUGCUGCUGGCAUGAGUUGUGACUUUGUGAGGCGUUUGACCAACCACACAGAUUUUACUGAGCUGCUUCAGUUUUUGACUGAUCUGCCUGGAGGUCCAAGACCGGCUCUGCGAAAAUGCCUUGUAGAUGAGCUGCGGAAACAACCUAAACUUGACCUCGGUUCUUUGAGUUCUGGGUUUGCAGCAACGUUACCGGUAACAAUGCUAGAGAACCUGUCAAAUGCAUCUGUCAGAGGAAUCCUGAGCCACAUUCAACUAUACUUUCUUGAUUUCCUGAGACUGCCUCAUUAUAAACAGACAAAUUUAGCUGAGAAGGCCUUGUCUGAGCUGGGUUCUUUUCCGGCUCCGGGGAUGAUUGAUGGUGCCCUCCUAGAUGUCCUGGGGCCUCUGUUGCCAUUUUUGGACAGAGACAGUCUGGCUCUGGUGGACAGAGGAGCGCUGGCUCUGCGGCUGGAAGAGAUGAGGAGUUUCUGCCUUCCCAAAGAGGCGCUCAGAGACAUUAGUGACCUUCUCACUCAGAGAGAUUUGCUUGGGAAUCCAUCCAAAUGGCAGGUUGGGGAUGUUGAGCAUCUGGGAAGGUUGGUGUUUGCUCUCUCAACAAAGCAGAUCAACUCCAUUCCCCUGGCGGUACUAAACAAGACCACAGUGGAGCAGGUCCUGGUGGGUCAAAAGCGCUGGGAGAAAAGUCUGGUCGGUGGGAUCUGUGUUAGUCAGUGUGUGGACCAGCAGUACCGCAGGAAGCAGACCUGGAGUCUAAUUCGAGGAAUUGUCAAAGCGCGAAACCGGAGAGCGAAAGUGCCAGUCCCAAGCUGUGCGGACAUCAGAGGAACGUUCCCGUCUGCUUGGACCCCCACCCAGCUUCGCCGCAUGUCCCUAGAUGAGCUGAAGGAGUGUGUGGAAGUUUUUGGUCAGGAUCCGUCGCUGAGCUCUGAGCAGCGGCGGUCGCUCUGGGUGAAGCUCAGGCAGUCCUUGAGUCCGGUGAGGGAGCUGAGAGCGGAUCAGGUGCUCGCUCUGGGAUCAUUGCUGACAGAGAUGGGAGACAGAGAGCUUCAGGACACCAGUCUCACUGACCUGGGCGUGCUGGUACAUCUGGGCUCACUGACGAACUGGACCCCUCGAAAGAUGAGAGCGGUGGUUUUAAGUGUGCUGAGGAAAAGUGGACUGAAAGUGGAACAUUUAUCAGUUGUUGAUAUGGCAACGCUCGGCCAUCUGAUCUGCGGUCUGAACCCCACGGAGAUGAAACGCCUGAGCCCCUACAACCUCAGCGUGGCCGUCCUGUUCCUGCGGGAAACGACCCUGCCCUGCACAGAGCAGCAGAUGGAGGCUCUGACAAACUGCCUGGCCAGAGCGGAGGCCUUUGGUCCAGUCAGUGCCUGGGGGCCGGAGAUUUUCACCGAAAUCGGGACACUUGCAGCGGGCCUGCCUGAUAUGGUGCUGUCAGCUCUGCUGCAAGAACAAAUGGAGGGAAUCACCCCUGAAGCUAUAGCGCUGAUGUCUCCGAAAAAGAUGGCAGUGGUGUUCAGUGCAGUGCAGUUAUCGUGGCUGAGUGCAGAGCAGGCGUGGGCCGUCACAGAGGAGCAGUGGGCAGAGCUGGACGCAGAACAGAGGCACGCUGUGGGACUGGCUCGCUACGAGGGAGACGUCCUGAUGGAGCUCAGAGGACGAAGCUCUUCUCCGUCAGUCCUGAACGCGGACAGCUUCGCUCUGCGCUCACUGGCUCUGUGCCUUUUGUUACAGCAGCUAAUUUAAAAUAAUGGGGGGGAAAAUUUAUUCUCACAUUGACUUCUCCUGGUAUUGUAUUUGUAAUGCAAAUAAAUAUUUUCAAUUACCCCA